AUGGCUUUUUGUUCCACGAUCGACACAGCAUCGGAGCAAACAGCCGUUCAUGACAGCAGGCGAGCCGUACGCUUCAUGGAUAACCGACUAGACAAUAUAAAUACUACACUAAAAACAAAUAGGACCAAUUUGAAUAAUAUUAAAUAUAAUGGUAGAAAUAAAAUUGUAGAAGACGAAAUAUACACAUCGAAUGAUGAUAUUGUAAAGAAUUUUGAAAUGCACAAGAUUAGAAUGAGAAAUUUCAAUGAGAAAAUGAGUACAGUGCAGUAUGGACCGAAGAGGAAAGUGUACACGAAGAGGGAUCGAUCACACAUGGAGAUGCCUAGGAAGAGGAUGAAGCGGUCACAAGAUAGCCGCUGUGAAGCAUUUGAAUAUCACGGUCAAGACCAGAAGCAAAUAAAGCAUCCGUAUCCUAGAGAUGAUGCUAACAAUACCAAUUAUCAUAGCAACAUACAUUGCGUCACUGUAAUAAAUGGUUCGGAGUCGUCAGUAAUAGAGCUGACAUUUGUAGAUAUCUUCCGUAUAGAAUAUCACCCGGAAUGUGCCUAUGAUUAUUUAGAAAUUCGUGAUGGUUCAAAAGGAUACUCAUCAUUACUUGGAAAACUUUGUGGGCAUCAAUUCCCCCGACAGAUAAGGACGACAGGUCCAUACGCCUGGUUGAAAUUCCACUCUGAUGAUACUAUUGAAUAUGAGGGAUUCCAUAUUAACGUCGCAAUUUUGAGUGGAUACAACAGCCAUAGAAUACCAGACGAGUGCUACGAAGAGCUUGAGGGAAUGUACGGCGAUAUAAAUUCAGUGAAGAUAGACCCGGCGUGUAUUACUGGCAGUAUGGGUCAGGCCCUAGACAUCCUUUGGACCAUCAGAUCACCUGCUAACACUAGGAUAUUUCUAGACUUUACAUCGUUUAUACUAGCGAAACCUAAUGAAUGUGAGGAAAAUGUUAUACAAGUUUUUGGAUCCGUACUAGAAUUUGAUGCCAAAUUGGCUCACUACUGCGGCUCCAUGGCGAAUUCAGUUCAAACUAAGGGAAGGGAUAGUAAGGGUGUAGGGGAUGAUGGUAACCUGAUGUAUGUUCGUAUGUACGCUUCGAAAGCUGCGAAAACGGCCACUAACUUCACUGCCACAUUCACUGCUUUUAAAACCCUUGAUCCUAAUAUAGACGAAUCCUGUGAUGAAGACCAAUUCAACUGCGAAGAUAAUACGUGUAUAGCGAAGUCACUUAUAUGCAACGACCAUGCAAACUGCAGAUUGAAAACUGACGAAGACGGUGACUUAUGCGCGGCUGAGACCAAGUCGUUGAUAAGCCAAACGCACAUCCUGGUGAUUCUGGUUAUCUUCUCCCUCAUCCUGUCUGGCAUGAGCUUCGUUUUCCUGUUCAAAUGCAUCAGGAAACUGUACCAGGACCACAAAAUCAUCAAAGAACAUAUAAGGCAAUCGUGUGAAGACCGGCUGGACAGUUUAGUGAGCAGACGGCUCACACUUGACGCCCAGAGACUGCAGAGGGACAGUGAACCCCGACCUAGUCUAGAAAGGGACAACCAUACCAACGAAAUGUUUAAGCAACAAAGAAGCUUCUCCAAACAUAAGGAUAGCAUAGAUUCCGACUUCAUUCAAGAAACGCAUUUAGACGUGGACAGUGAACCCUGGAGAAGAGAUGUAGACAGAGUUCCAAUAGAAGUAGAAGAUAUACGAAUUGAAAGGAACGGAAGAACAAGACGUAGCGAUUUCAGUAAACGAGAGGAAUCUAUGAGGAGUAAGUCGAGAGACUCUAAAGAGAGAGAGAAGAAGGAAAUAAGAGAUGUGUCAGUCGGUGCGCCUGAUACGAAAGAAUCUAGUUGUCAGACUAGAGAGAGUCUGUUCCAGACUGAUCCGCCGGCUAGUUCUGAAGGAUCAGGCAGCAACAGCCGAGGAUUCUCUACCUUCGGUUACUCAGGCGCUACCAUAGUGAGACCCUCACCACCAGCCACCACCAACACUUCCGAAGUCACCAUCGAGCUGUUAAGUCAAGUACCCCAUCAAGAUUCUGGCAAACAAAAGAAAAUCCCAGACCGUCGCCCCAUGAGCACGGAGACGACUCGAUCCGCUCCUGACGUCAUUAUAGUCUCGAAACCGAUUGGCUGAGGGUGACCUUUGGGGCCCCCGCCGUGGGCCCCAAUCCCCCCCGAAUACUGGGACUGUAGCACCCCCCGGGAACCGAGAACAUGUCCCGAGGGUUCCUACCAUCCGCACACAUGUCACUUUGACAGUCUCUCCAAGAGCGUGUCAUUUGAGGAC